GUCGUAGCGCGAGUAGAACGUAGAACAGAGAAUGAAAGUCUACUGCUGAGAUACAAAACCAUCUCUUACACACGAAGAGAAAUAUUAAGUGAGGUGACCGUCUCGUGCUCUUGGCCACUUACACGAUGUAUCCGUGGUGUUCAUUCGUUUUUGUGAUUCUUCUACACACAGCAGUAGAGAAUAAAGGCUCACCGCCAACAUGGCCUUAUGGUGAAUAUACUCUACUGAAGCCCAGGACAGGAUGUCCUGCAGGAUGGGAUGACAAGGGAUAUAUUUACCAAGACACAAUAGAUAAAAACCCAAGUAAUAACAGAUCACAAACUUUACACAUCGAUGGAAAAGUUGCUUGCAGUCAUGUGAAGAGACAUUUUUGCAGUAAGACAAACACAGACGGUGAAGUUUGGCCAUCAGGACAAUAUUGUGUAUACAGGCACGAAAAAGAGAAGCUCCAUCGCAUGAGACCGGGAUCGAUUCUUAUGUAUAACGAGAAAAACAACAACAAAGACGAAUAUAAAUUAACUAAAUUUCGAGUGUAUAUCAAGAAGAUUAAAAGAUCAUUUAUAUACAUGAAGUUGUACUUUGCCUGUCAAACAAGUGGUGACAAAAAGAUUCCAAUCUCGUUACCGAUAACCAAACCAUUUUAUCUACUGCCUCAUGGGUCACGUGACUGUCAACAAGUCAAAUGGAUGGUAGCAACAACUGAAUGGAUCAAGUACCACACAAACAACUAUAUCAAGAAAGGUGGUAAACAGACUUAUGGAAAAGUGCCAUAUCAUGAGCUUGGGGACAGAAAGCAUCAGGGAAUCACCAUGUUCUACUGCUACUAUGAAAGCUGCAAAUACACUCUGAUAGACACCAGGGGUGUUUUCCAGUCCCCUGGCUUCCCUGGUGAAUACCCAGAUGGACAGCUGUGCUCGUGGAGGAUCAUGGUCCCUGUUAAUCACACUGUGCAAGUUCGCUUCACUAACGUCUCUUUGAAUGACAACGACACUUUGAGAUAUUCUGAAAGAUACUCUACAAGAAGCAAUGGAAGUUUUAGAUCGUGGCAUACGAUUCCCCUUAAUUUAUCGGUACCGUUUACCUUGCUAAGCGACAGUGACGUACUGUUCGUCUUUAGUUCGGAUGAAUCAAAGACCAGCUCUGGAUUCAGAGCAGAAUACCACCAUGGGUCCAUACCACAAGCUACGACUACACCUACCGAAACAUCUACAGCAUCUACAGCAUCUACAGCAUCUACGGCAUCUACGGCAACACCAUCAGAGACAUCUUCAAUACCGUUGACUACACCACACAGUGAGUUGAUUGAAGGUUUAGUUAAGCAAGCUGAAAAGUUUUGAUCAAUGAAAAUUAAACUCUUAAAUAGGGGAGUAUGACAGCUAAAAAGAAGACAUGAAGGAUUGAUUGACUCUUCCAUGAUGUAUUUCAUUGGACAAUUCAAAAUCUCUGAAUGAUUCAAAACAGUGCACAUUCAGAAAAUGGAGAGUGCCCUUCUUUCAUGCUGGCUGCGUGCUGUAUUUCUGAACGGAGCACGGAAAAUAUUUUUUAAAGAAAGAAAAUAUCCUUUCAUAAUUUUUUUUAUAGA